AUGCAGCAGAAGCACAUGCGAGAGUACCGGAUGUCCGAGGAUUGCCUGACGCUCAACAUCUACACUCCCCUCCCAGCUCCCCCCCCCCAGACCUCCCCCCCAAAGCUCCCCGAGGCAGCUCUAACGCCGGCCGCCCCUGUUCUCCAGCCAGAGAGCCGCCGGGGCAGAAGCGCCGCCCCCGAGCUGCCGGUCCUCGUGUACAUCCACGGCGGGUCCUUCUACUCCAACGGCGGCAGGCUCUACCCCGGGGAGAAGCUCGCCUCCGAGGGCAUCGUCGUCGUCACUAUCAACUACCGCCUCGGCCCCUUCGGGUUCCUGUCGACGGGCGACGGGUGGUCCAGGGGCAACUGGGGGCUCCUGGACCAGCGCAUGGCCCUCCUGUGGGUGCGCCGCCACGCCAGUGCCUUCGGGGGCCACAAGGACAAGAUCCUCCUGGUGGGCAACUCCGCCGGGGCAGCCUCCGUCAUCCUGCACCUCGUGUCCCCUCUGUCCCAAGACCUGUUCUCCCGGGCGGCGGCACUGUCCGGUUGCGCGCUGGCACCGUGGUCCCUCCAGAGCCGCCCCUUGCACUUCGCCCAGCAGCUCGCCGCCGGCCUCGAGUGCCCCGUGUCCCCGCCGAGCGAGCUGAUCUACGCCAAGGACUACAUCCAGGACGGCCUGUGGUUGGCCUUCGCGCCCGUGGUCGAGGGCGACUUCGAGGGCGCCUUCCUCCCGAGGUCGCCGCGGACGCUGCUGGAGGAGGGCUCGCUGCCCCCCAUCCCGCUCAUCAUGACGCUGACGAAGGAUGAGGUCUCCAUCUGGUUCAGAGAAGCCUCGCCAUCAACGCUCUCCCCCUCAUCAGAGAACCGAACCAUCGAGCUCUCCAGAGCCGAGGACUGGCUGGAUAUUAUCAUGAAGCAGAAAUUCCCCGACCUGGAACCUCGGGCUCUGGCGGCCGUCCUCCACGCCGUCCGCGCCGCCUACAUCUACAGGAACGGGUACACCACCAAAGUCCCCGUCAAGAUCAUUUCCGAGCUCAUAUCUGACCUGGGGCUCCGCGUCCCCUGCGUCGAGGAGGCGGGCUUGCUCAGCCACUGGACGCGCCUCUACUUCGCCGAGUUCUCCUACGUGUCCCCCGACGACGUGCGCGUGGGCAGCCAGAAGUGGAUAGGUUCUUACCACGAGAGCGACCUGCAGUUCGUGUUUGGCCAGCCUUUCCUCGGCCUGGCCAACACCCUCCGUGGCCCCAAAGACCGCUCUGUGGCCACCACCAUCAUGAGCGUCAUCAUCUCCUUCGCACACACGGGCGUGCCUGAGCUGGGCGAGAUGGAAUGGCCAGCCUACAACCUCAGUCAUCUCGUUCACCUUGAACUGAGUGAACAGCUGUCUCUGAGCCACAACCUCGUUCAGCACAGUCUGUGCUUCUGGCAGCGCUUCAUUCCGCUCAUGACCCUGUUCCCCAUGAAACCGCCGGAGGAGGAGCCAAACGCUGCCCCGCCCUUCGCCACGCCCACCGUGCCUACUUCAAAAUUCAAGUUCGGUGAAGUCAUGAUAUAUCAUAAUCAAGUAAACAAAAAUCAUGACCAGAACCUCUAUUUUUAG